UAGAGGAAGGCUGUGGGUUCAAUGAUGAUGUAGUUUCUUAAGUAUCAAAUACAAAUAUUGUAGCAAGCAAGGGCGUUGUUAGGUAGUUCAUUUAUAAUUUUCCAUGUAGUUAGCAAAUUUGAAUUAAUGUUCCUGUCCAUCAAGAAAUAAUUAUGCAACAACCACAAAAUCUACCGUAAUUUUCAGCACAGGAAAUCGAUAAUGGGAUGCACAGUACAAAUUGCAUCACUAAUGAAAGUAAAACUGUAUAAAAAGGACAGAAAGGACAGGCUCUUCAAUUGGUGCCAGGUUCAUUUUCAAGUGGCAAGUUGACGACGAUCAAAAUGAAGACUCUGAUUUUGUGCUGUUUGGUUUUUGGCAUUGCAAAUGCCCUGUACCUUGAAAGUGAAGACAACAGCCAAGAGGAUGCAAGUUAUGGCUACGGAUACAAAGUGAAAGUCAUAAAAGGACCCCCUGGACCUCCAGGACCUCCAGGCCCAAGCGGACCAGAAGGACCAGCCGGUCCUCCUGGCCCAAAGGGACCAAAAGGACGACCAGGACGACCAGGCAGACCAGGGAAAACAGGACGACCAGGACGACCAGGAUUAAACGGACUACCCGGUCGCCCAGGGAAGCGUGGAAGACCAGGACGCCCAGGCAGGCGAGGUUUUCCAGGAAGGCCCGGAAGACCUGGAAGAAAAGGAGAGCCAGGAAGAAAUGGCAGGCCAGGACCUAGAGGACCAAGAGGACCCCGUGGACCACGCGGCAGACCAGGAAGGCCAGGCAAGAAAUACUGGUACCCAAAGAAACAUGUUUAUUGACAACAUUUGGACACAUUUUCGAUAACAAAACUUUGAGAAUUGGUUAAGAACUUUCUAAUAUAAUUUAGCCUCAAAUAAUUGAACGAUUUGAAUUAUCUACAAAUGAUUCUUUUCAAAAAAGAACAAACAUAAGAGUGGUA